CAAGUCUGAAGCACAUGAAGCAAUCCCCAAAUUAUCUUCUCUUCAGUAGAAGAUUGCUCCGCAAUUGGCUUCAACUUGCUACAGCAGGUGAGUUGUAUUAGUUCCGUUUCUACCCUACAAACGAAUGUGUAAUGUUGAUUCUUUGGUAUGUACGACAGACCUUGGACGAAAGCAGUUCGAGAUCGAAUAAGACAAGACACGAAGAGAGCAAUCAUGGCUGAGGGAGCUUCAACGUCACUCGAUGCAGAUGUUAUUAUCAGUGGUACGAUGGUUGAACAAAGUACAUUAAAGGGGGGUAUGCAAGCACUCGUCUCACAGGAUGACGCAGCUCCGACACCAGGAUCUAUAUGCACGAUACCAAACGAGCUCCUAUCACAAAUUCUGGGACAUUUGGAUACAAAGUCUAUAUCUGCAGAUCUCUUUGACGAGCCUCGUCUUGAUAUCACCCAAGCCAGCAUUGCCGAUCUGAAAGCCGUAUCCUGCGUCUCAAGUCUUUGGAGGCAGAUUGCAUUUCCAAUCUUGUUUAAACAUGCACGAUUCAUUGUCCCGGAGCCAAAAGACCAUCGGCCGGCAGCAUUGGAGAACCAAAUCAAGCCUUUCCUUGCUUUUGCUAUCCAAAACUCUCUCCACACCAUAACUGAAAGUUUCACACUAAUAGUGCAAGACGCAAACGUCUCUAGCAUUGGACAAAAUCCACUCGAUCGAUUCUCAUCCUUUUGGAUAUCAAUAUUUGAUAUCCUUGAUCCUCUGGAACUGCUCGUUGCUGCUCCUCCAGAAGUCUUGGGUGCACUUGCUGCUUGCUUCAUGAUUCUUGGGCAAUCGUGGCAGUUUCGUACUCCUUGCCAGUAUCUUCAGUUGAAGCAAUCUAAGCCGUCACCAACAAGUCAACUCAAGACUGAAGAUAAUUUCAUCCGAGCUCAGAAACUUCUAGAGUCCCAGAUCAGAGAAGCUAAUGAUACUGGCAAUUUCGGUCCUCCUGCUGGUCAAGCACCGAGGAAUAUUGGUGGAUCAAUAUGGCCGGACAAUCCGAACAACGCAGAGGCUGAAGAGAUUGCUUUCCCAGCACGUGCAGAACGCUCUACCCUCCUGCAAGGCCGUCCUUGGUCUAAACUCCUUCUCAACGAAGGCUCAUCAAUCCGUGCUUACGCUUCUUACGAAUGGUGGAUGAGAAGUCCUCCAUCGAUUCUUUCAGAUCUUGUUGGUGCCGACUUCGACAAUCAGAAAGCCUUGAUAAGCCCAACGGUCCGAGAUUUCUCAUAUAUUGGGAUUUUCCCCUUCGCAAAACAUUUCAGAGAUCUCGUCAAGUUCCUUCCAAGACUAGAUCGCCUUUACACCCAAUUCGUACCCCGCAAUCAGAUUCUUCAAGAUCCGAUCCGGAUGGCUCAAGUUGAAGCAACUGAUCUAUGGUCGGAGAGGAACACAGCCUACUCUUACCUGAUGGAACAACUUUUCAACGCGCCUCCCAUCGGCAGUUACAAGUACCUCAGAGAGUUCGAAUCCGGCGAUGCUGCUGAUAAAGAUGCGUGGAACAUGGCGGUACAGUAUGUUCAGCGUAUGAACGGAGAAUGGAAGGUCGAGAAAGAGGGUGUAUUCGUCAGAGAUCUUGCGGUUAUUGGGCCGGAAUCGGACACUGGUGAUAACUCUUUAUUGUCCGUCUGA